AUGGUUUCUGCACACUGGACGCGGAAACGCUUGUCGCACGGAGCUAAUCAUCGCAUCAAAAUGGUGAAUAAAGAGGAAUUAAUUUCUAUGUUAUUUGCCAAAGCAAUACUUUUACUAGAAUUAUUUGAUAAUGAUGAUAGUCAUUAUAAUCUUUAUAUUAAAGAUAUUGAAAACUGUAUAUUGCUUCUGAGUAAAUACUCUAUUAAAAGGUCACUUCGAUUGCAAGAUGAUGUAGAAAUUGUUCUAUCAUGUUAUAAUGAUAAACAGUUUAAGUCACAAUUCAGGAUGGAACGAUCAACAUUUGAAUAUAUUUUGAAUAUUAUAAGACCAUCAUUAAUAAGAUCAACGUGUGGGCGUAAAAGAAUAUCACCUAAAAAGCAAUUUUUAAUUGCUUUAUGGAAAAUGGCUACUUCAGAUCCAUAUCGAUCCAUUUGUGAGAUAAUGAAUGUAGGCAGAGCCACAGCACUAAUGGCUGUAAGAAGAGUAAUCAAAGCAAUCGCUCAACGAGCUCAUCUUUUUGUGAAAUGGCCAAAAGAUAAUAGAGCAGAAGAAAUUAUUAGAGGAUUUACUGCAACCAGUGAUUUUCCUGGAAUAAUAGGAGCAAUUGAUUGCACACAUGUUAAAAUUAAAACGCCACAUAUCAAUCCUGAUUCUUAUAUUAAUAAAAAAAAACAACAUAGUAUACAAUUGCAGGCUGUUUGUGACCAUGAACUGCGAUUUACUCAUUGUCUUGCUGGACACGUCGGUUCCGUUCCUAGUCAAGAAGUAUUUCACUUAUCUGAAGUUUAUCACUAUUUAGAUGAUUCAGAAAAAUUUAGUAAUAACAGCCAUUUAGUGGGUAAUGCAGCUUACACAAUCCAUGAACAUUUAAUGACACCAUUCCAAGAAAACGGAAAUCUAACAGAUAGACAAAAAAACUAUAAUCUUUGUCAUUCAUCUGCUGAAAUUACAAUUAAACGAACAUUUGUAUUAUUCAAAGGAAGAUUUCAAAGCUUGCUUACAACUUUAGACAUGGAGCGUAUCGAUUUGAUUCCAGAAUUUAUUAUUGCAUGUUGCGUUUUGCACAAUAUUUGUUUACUGCAAAAUGAUGAAUUUUCAAUUGUGGAACCAGAUAUUUUAGAAACUAAUAAUGAUAUUGAAAUAGCAACUGAAAAAAGAAAUACCAAUGCAGGCGAUAUAAAACGGGAUAUAAUUUGUAAUAAUUUAAUAAUAAGAAAUAUCUGA